CGCAGGUGGACAGAGAGACUACCUGGCUGCUGAGUUUCGGACGGCAGAUUCCACAGAGUCGCUUUGGCUUCCGUGUCCGUGUCAGAAUGAGCAUGUACGGGUCCCAGAAGGGCCUGAACAUGAGCCGCACGGCCGGGUCCAAAGGCGACAUGAACAGAGAGGGGACCAACCAUUACGCACGAAGCGAGAUCGUGCACGGAGGCGGUAAUGGAUACGAUCCCUACUUUGACGGAUACAACACCUACAGCUUUUCUAAGUCCUCUGGAGGCGGAAUGCAAGGCGGAAUGAUGAGCGGCAUGGGAGGCGGAAUGAUGAGCGGCAUGGGAGGCGGAAUGAUGAGCGGCAUGGGAGGCGGAAUGAUGAGCGGAACGAUGAGCGGCAAGGGAGGCGGAAUGAUGAGCACUAUGGGAGAAAGAAUGUCGGACAGCAUGGGAGGCGAAAUGGCCGGCGGAAUGAGCUCGAGUUCCAUCCACCAGAAAACCACGCUGCUGCAGAACCAGUGCCAGGAGUACCUGAAGAAAGCCGAAUACGCCCUUCAGUCCGGCGGUGCCAUGGGUGAUGGAGAGCGCUACAUGAUGAUGGCGAAAGAGACCAUUGGCCAGCUGAAGAGCUGCGCGUUAGACUUGAGAAAACUGGGACAGCCCUCUGACAACGUAGUCAGGAUUGUGGAGAUCUGUAAAGACCAGCUGAAGGGGGUCCGCAUGGCCAUGAGCGGCUCCAUGCACAGGAUAAGGACCACCAGAGGUAGCUCCGGAGGAUGGGAGGAGCCUGGAAGGAGCUUCCAAGAUGCUAUGGCCUGGAUUGCACAGCAAAAGCGUCUGAUUGAAACUUCUUCUUGGGGAGACGAUGCUGCCGCCAUCGAUCAGCAGCUCAUCAGCCACCAGCAAUUUCACAACUCCAUCCAGAGGAGCGCCGAGGUGGACCGAGCCAAAGACGACCUGAUUAAGAAAGGAGAGAAGGGCAAUCUUCACGCUCUGGAUCAGGAAUGGGACAGUCUGCAGAAAAUGUCGCAUGGAAGGACCAUGCAGCUGCAAGAGCUCAAGCAGAUCAUUCAGGAUAUGUCCAAAGAGAUCAUGUGGGUGAACGAAAGGGAGGAGGAGGAGCUGAUGUUUGACUGGGGAGACAAGAACAUCGACCAGUACAUCCUUCGCAAGCAGGAGAGCUACUCGAAACUGAUGAGUGCCCUGGAGGACAAAGAGAAGGACCUGAACAAGCUGAAAACCAGAGUGGAUACCCUCCUGAAGAACAACCAUCCAGCUUCAGACAAGAUCGAGGCUUACAAGGACACUCUGCAGACUCAGUGGAGUUGGCUCCUUCAAAUCACCAAGUGCAUUGAUAUUCAUCUCAAGGAGAACGCAGCUUACAACCAGUUCUUCAAAGAGGCCAAUGAGACGUACAACAUUCUGCAAAAGGAACAUGUGGCGGUCCGUAAGAAGUUCACCUGUGACAAGAACACUUCACUGGAUAACCUAAUGGAGCUCCUCAGCGCACUGGAGAGGGAGAAGGAGAAGAUUAUGGAAAACAAGAGGCAGGUUCAACAUCUGGUCAACAUGUCCAAGAACAUCGUGAGACUGAGACCCAGAAACUCAGACGAGAAGAGCAGCAGCCCCAUCCUUGUUACAGCCUUGUGUGACUUCAAACAAGACCAGAAGGUGAUUUGUAAGGGCAAUGAGGCCAUCCUCAAGGACAACAGUCAGCGCAGUAAGUGGGACGUCACAGGCCCUGGAGGACUUGAUAUGUUGGUGCCCUCUGUGUGCCUGAUCGUACCACCUCCCAACCCAAUCAGCAUCAGCCUGGCCAAAAAGAACGAGCAGUACUACGAGGCCAUCCUGUCCAUCUGGAGUCAGCUGUACAUCAACGUUAAGAGUCUCAUCGCCUGGCAGUACUGCCUCUUGGAUAUGAACACAAUCAACUCCCUCACCGUGUCCAUGCUGUCCAGCAUGCGUCCGGAUGAAUACCGUCAACUUAUCAAGAGUCUGGAGACUCACUACGAGGAGUUCAAACGGAGCAGCCACGGCUCCCAGAUGUUUGCUGACGAGGACAAGAAAAGCAUUGAGACCCAGUUCACCGGAGCUCAGACCCACUUUGAUAAGAUCGUGGUGCAGCUGCCGACUUACAUUCAGGGACACAUGGAAGUACAGCAAGCAUCCGAGCAGCAAGCAGCUGAGGCCAGGAUGCGCGAAGAUGAGGCCAGGAGGCUGGAAGAGGAGGCUAGGAUGCGCGAAGAGGAGGCCAGGAGGCACCAAGAGGAGGCCAGGAGGCGCAAAGAGGAGGCCAGGAGGCUCGAAGAGGAGGCCAGGAGGCUCGAAGAAGAAAGACGAGUAGCGGAGCUGAAAAAAGUGAAGAAAAUUGAGAGCAAGACAGUGAAGAAGGUGAAGGCGCCCUCUAGUUCUGCCUCUCGUGUCUCCUCCUCCUCCUCCUCGUCCUCGUCCUCCCGCAGCUUAUCUGAGCUGCAUGCGCUCAGACUCAGGCUGGAGGGCGCCGAGGACACGCUGAGUCAGCACGUUCACAUCUGCUUGGGAGACGACGGGAUGCACGACUGUGGCCUCAAGAUCUCUCAGUUAGAGACGGUGCAGUAUGAUGUCCAAUCGCUGCAUGCAGAGUACUUGCGUCUGAGGGAGCGUAUCUUGAAGGAGCUGGAGACCAUGAAUGAUUCUGAUAAAGCCCAGUUCCUCCGCAGUGAGAUUGGAGUCAUUGACCAAAGACUGGGCAGUCUGGAGAGCAGCUCGUCAGCUUACAUGCAGCGGCUGCAGGCUCUAAGGGACAUGCUGGAGAGUGUGGCACGAGCUGAAGACAUAGUGAAAGUUCAUGAGGCACGACUGACAGAGAAAGAGACCACCUCUCUGUCGCACAGUGAAGUGGAGGAUUACAUGUUGACCCUAAAGAAUAUUAAAGCAGAGCUGGAUCAAAAGAAGGAUGUUAUGGCCUCCAUGGAGGCGGAGCUGGCCAAGGCCAGCCACUGGAACAGCCAGGUGGGCGGGCCCUUCCACAGGUGUGACAUGAUGCUAUCCAGAUACACUGAGCAGGUGAACCUGCUGUCAGACCGCUGGAGACGAAUCAACGGGCAGAUUGACACGAGAGUCCAGGACUUGCACCUGUAUCAGCCUCAGCUCCAGCACUACACGCAAACCAGCACCUCCCUUAUGGAUUGGAUUGAUGCCACAAAGAAAAAACAAGACGCCCUGCAGGCCACCAAGAUAGAGAGCAUCCAAGGACUGAUCGAUCAUAUUAACAAACAGAAGGUCCUGAACUCAGACAUCAAAGCGAGGAGGGAGACGGUAGACAGUGUGCUGAAGGACAAUGUGGCCUGUGUGAAUGCUAUCAAGGACUAUGAAACGGACCUGGCCUCUUACACCUCUGGUUUAGAGACUUUGCUCAACAUCCCCAUCAAAAGGACAAUGUUGAAGUCGCCGUCGAUGGAUCUUAAUCUGGAAGCUACACAACUACAGACCCGUUACAUGGAGUUGCUCACCCAUUCUGGUGACUACUACAAAUUCCUGGCAGAGCUGCUCAAAAACAUGGAGGAGCUCAAGAUUCGUAACACCAGGAUUGAGCUGUUAGAGGAAGAACUUCGACUGUUGAGGGACAACAUGCAAGACCACAAGGCCAAGAACAAAUCUCUGGAAGAUGCUGUUUCCCGUUACCGGCUGGAGUUGUCCAACUCACAGGACAUGAUGCUAUCGAUGGAGGAGGUGAAGCAAACCUCUGCGCUGCAGUGCAACGCCACCAAGGACAGUCUUAACUCCACUCAGAGCCAGCUGGCAGACCUCAAUGAUGACGUGACACGUCUCAACUACUUGCUUGAAGAAGAAAAGAGGAAGAGAAGGCUGGCAGAGGAUCGCUACACCACACAACAGGAGGAGUACGAGUCGGUGCUGAGGAAGAGGCUGAAGGAGCUGGAGACGGUCAGCUGGUCCAAGACGGAGGUGGAGAAGAGUGUGGCAAGUAAGGACUACGAGAUUGAAAAGCUGCAGCGGCAGCUGGCUGAGGAGGCAGCAAGGUUCAAGGAACUACAAAGAGAGAUGUCAAAGGUAAGGAGCCAAUUCAGUACGGAGAUCAAUAACUUAAAGCUCAGCUAUGAAUCCCAGAUCCACAUCAGCCGCACAGAUAUCCAGAGGCUGGCAGCCUGCAGGGAGGAGGGCACGGCUGAUCUCCAGCUGCAGAAGGACAGGAUGGAGGCAGAGAGAAGGAAUCUGGAGGAGGAGCUUAGGGGGCUCAGGGUGUCUUUGAACCUUGCUGAAGAACAUAGGAUAAGGGCAGAGGAAGAAGCUCACAGUCAGCGUGCUGUCAUCACAGAGGAAGGGCGCAGGAGGAGAGAACUAGAAAGUCAGGUUGAGGAGCUGUUAAGGCAGAUAGAUGAGGAAAGCAGCCAAUAUACAGAGGAGCUGGUUCAAGUCAUGAAGAGUCUGCAGGACAAGAGUGAGGAGCUGGCCUACAUUACACAUAGUCUGGAGGAGGAAACCCGCAGGAGGAGAAUUGUAGAGGAAGGGCAGAGUGUGCUUGAACAGAAUUUGGCCCAGCUGCAGGUGAAGCUGACCAGUUCAUCAAUGGCUGCUAACCAGCUAGGGGAGUGCGAGGAGGAGGUUCAGAAGAUGCGUUUGGAACUGGAGAGGGAGAGCAGGGAGCGAAGCAGAGUAGAACAGAACAUGAGCAGGUUACAGGGACGUAUGAAAGACCUUCAGUCUGUGAGAGAUGAGCUAGAGAGCCAAGGGGAGAGUCUGAGAAAGGCUAGCCAACAGGAAGCGUCCAGAAGAAGGCAGGUAGAAACAGAGCUGAAAGACAACACCAUGGCCAUGACAGACUACAUCAGCACCAUUAACACUCUACGCCUGAGCCAAGAACAUGCCAGCACGUCAGAAAAGAGAGGGGAGGAAGAGCGUCUUAGGUUGCAGGAGGAGCUGGAGACAAGCUGGAGACAAAACAAGACCUCUGCAGAGCACCAGACCCUGCUGAGCGCCAAGCUGAAGGCCCUGCACCAACAGCUCCUCCAGGAGCAGGCCAGAGGCAAAGAAGCAAAUAUCAAGAAUAAGGGCCUUUACAGAACUAUUGAGGAGAAGAGUAAGGCACUGAAUGAGAACUCUGUUGAGCUUCAAAGGCUGAAGGAGAUGACAGAAACCCAGACCAAAGAGAGGCUGAGGCUGAAGGAGGAACUAAGAGCAACACAACAUGAUAAAGAGGAACUCCUGAGAUCCAAACAGGCAAAGGAUGAUGAGCUCUCCUCCCAGAUUUCUGGUCUGGAGCGGCAGCUGCAAGCCAGUGAGAGCAGCAAUGUAGAUUACCGCAGCCUGGUCUCAGAGCUCUCAUCGGAGAGACAGAAACUCAAGCUGGAGACUGAGAAAAUACAAAAGCAGGUCACCGAGACAACCGGCUCGAUGCUAUCCAUUCAGUCCCAGUACAGUGAGAUUGUGAAUGAGAGAGAUGCUCUAUUGCUGAAACUGCAAUUGUCAGAAAAGGACAAAGAUCGCUACCAGAGGCUAGAGGAGGAACUCAGUCGCAUUACAUUGUCCAAAGACUCUGAGGUUCGCAGCAUGCAACGUCUGCAGGAGGAGAACGAGAGGGUUAAGAGAGAUUUAGAUUACUGGAAGGUACAAUAUGAUAGUAAGCAGGGCCUGAUAAGGCAACAUGACACAGACAAGGAACGUCUGGAGAGUGAAAGGAACACUUUAAAAAGUGAGAUAGAGAGGCUGAUGAGGGAACUCAGGGAGCUUGAUCAGACAUAUAAAAGUAAGCUGUCAACCAUGCAGAGAGAACUGCGAGAGGCAGCUGUUGUCAGAAAAACCAAUGAAACAGAGUUGAUGAGAGUUAGGGAGCCCCCGACCUUGGAUACCUCCACUCUGGUUUUUGACGGAGUCCGUAAGCCUGUCACUGCAAACCAGUUGCUUGACUGUGGUGUUUUGGACAAACCAACAUUCAGCCAGCUUGUGAAGGGGCACAAGACUAUCCCUGAUGUGUCUAUCGACAAAAAAGUCAGUCUGAAAGGGACAGGCCCAAUAGCUGGGGUUGUAAUUGGAGGUCUGAAAGGUCCAGGGUCUAUUACAGGACCUAUAUUCAAAAUGACUUUCACAGAAGCAAAAAAAGAGAAUCUGCUACCUCGAGAUAGCGUUGACCUGCUACUCGAUGCUCAGGCUGCCACAGGCCACAUAAUUGACCCCAGAACUAAUCAGAAGUUGACAGUUAAAGAGGCAUGUGAUCAAGGUGUGGUUGAUGAAGACGACAGAGAGAGGUUGCUAGCAGCAGAAGCCGCAGCUGUAGGAUAUCGUGAUCCUGUCACAAGCAAACCCCUUUCAGUAUUUCAGGCCAUGAAGAAAGGACUGAUUGACAAGAACACAACACUGCGUCUGCUACAAGCCCAGGAGUCUGUGGGGGGAAUUCUAGAUCCUGUACUCAGUGUGUUCCUUCCCAAAGACACAGCCAUUGAGCGUAACCUAAUUAAUGAUGACAUAUAUAGUGCUCUGAAUCGAGGACCUGAGCUCUACCUGGACCCAGAAAGUGAGGAUGGUGUAACCUAUAUCUCAAUGAAGAGGAGAUGUAAGGUAGAGCUACACACAGGUCUUCUGCUUCUUCCUAUCUCCGGGAAGGUAGACCCCUCCAAACUUGUCUUUGAUGGUGUUCGGAAACCUGUCACAGCCAAGCAGCUGCUUGAUUGUGGUGUCCUGGACAAGCCAACAUUUAUAGAUCUAGAAAAGGGGAAGCAGAAUGUCCCAGAAGUGUCUGUGGACAAAAAGCUUAAUCUGAAGGGGACUGGGCCUAUUGCUGGGGUUGAAGCUGGGAGUCAAGGCAAAAUGUCUUUGUCAGAAGCCAAGAAACAGUUGCUCCUGCCUGAAGAUAGUGCCAAUUUGCUACUGGAAGCCCAGGCUGCCACAGGUCACAUCAUUGACCCCAGAAACAACCAGAAGCUGACCGUAGAAGAGGCAUGUGCCAGAGGAGUGGUGGACAUUGGUGAUAGAGACAGAUUAUUGGCAGCUGAAGCUGCUGCUGUGGGAUACAAGGAUUCUAGCUCAGCCAAGCCUCUCUCAGUGUUUGAGGCUAUGAAAAAGGGACUAAUUGACAGGAAGACUGGGCUACGUCUGCUUCAGGCCCAGGAGUCUGUGGGGGGAAUUCUAGAUCCCAAUCUCAGUGUGUUCCUCCCCAAAGAUACAGCCAUCAAGCGCAACCUUUUGGAUGAAAACCUCCGUCUUGAUCUAAACCAGAGUCCGGAGUGUUACCGUGAUCCAGAAACUGAGCGUGAUGCCAGCUAUGACGCAUUGAAAAAAAGAUGCAAGACAGAGCCUCACACAGGUCUGCUUCUUUUGCCAAUCACAGAGAAGCUAGACCCUUCCAAAUUGAUCUUUGAUGGUGUUCGUAAGCAAGUAACAGCAAAUCAGUUGCUUGAUUGUGGGGUCCUGGACAAACCAACAUUUAACCAACUAUUGAAGGGAGAGAAAACUGUCCAAGAGGUGUCUGUGGAUCAUAAGGUAUUUCUAAAGGGGACAGGAUCAAUUGCUGGUGUGGCAGCUGGACCUUUAGGGAAAAUGUCUUUAUCAGAGGCCAAGAAACGGAUGCUUAUGCCUCCAGAAAGUGCAGAUUUACUACUGGACGCUCAGGCUGCCACAGGACACAUCAUUGAACCCACAACCAAUCAGAAGCUGACAGUAGAGGAAGCAUGUGCAAGAAGAGUGGUGGACAAUCGGGACCGAGAUAGACUCUUGGCAGCAGAAGCCGCUGCUGUGGGAUAUCGGGAUCCUAGCACAGCUAAGCCCCUCUCAGUGUUUGAGGCAAUAAAGAAGGGAUUGAUUGACAGGAAGACUGGGCUACGCCUGCUUCAGGCCCAGGAGUCUGCUGGAGGCAUUAUAGAUCCCAAUCUCAGCGUGUUCCUCCCCAAAGAUACAGCUAUCAAGCGUAACCUUUUGGAUGACGAUCUCUGUCGUGCUCUAAACCAGAGUCCUAAGUGUUACGUUGACCCUGACACUGAGCAUGACUCCAGCUAUGGGACUUUAAAGAAGAGAAGUACAACCGAGUCUCACACAGGCCUGAUACUUCUACCAAUCAAAGAGAGAAAAGACCCUUCCAAACUGAUGUUUGAUGGAAUCCGCAAGUCAGUCUCAGCGCAGCAGUUGUUUGAAUGUGGAGUCAUUGACAAGCCAACAUUAGACCAACUAGUUAAAGGGGAGAAAUCCGUUCGAGUAGUUUCUAAGGAAAAGACAGUCUAUCUUAAGGGAACUGGAGCCAUUGGUGGGGUGUUAGCUGGACAUGAAGGACAAAUGUCUUUCUCAGAAGCCAAGAAACAGUUGCUCCUGCCCUCAGAUACUGCAUAUUUGCUACUCGAAGCCCAGGCUGCCACAGGAUACAUCAUUGACCCUAAAACUAAUCAGAAGCUGACAGUAGAGGAGGCAUGUGCCAGAGGAGUCGUGGACAUUAUGGAUCGUGACAGAUUAUUGGUAGCAGAGGCUGCUGCUGUGGGCUUCAAGGAUCCUAGCUCAGCCAAGCUUCUCUCAGUGUUUGAAGCAAUGAAGAAGGGAUUAAUUGACAGGAAGACAGGGCUAUGCCUGCUUCAGGCACAGGAGUCUGUGGGAGGAAUUAUAGAUCCUAAUCUUAGCGUGUUUCUCCCCAAAGAUAUAGCUAUUAAGCGCAACCUUUUGGAUGAAAACCUCCGUCAUGCUUUGAACCAGAGCCCUGCUUGUUAUCUUGACCCAGAAACUGAGCUUGAAUCCACCUAUGGGGCUUUGCAGGAAAAAUGUACAACACAGCCUCUAGCAAGCCUACAACUUUUGCCUGUCUCUGAGAGGUUUGACCCCUCUAAACUAGUCUUUGAUGGGAUCCGUAAGACCGUCACAGCACAACAAUUGCUUGACUGUGGGGUUCUGGACAAACCAACAUUUAACCAGCUAAUGAAGGGAGAGAAAACUGUCUCAGAGGUGUCUGUUGAUAUGAAGGUUUUUCUGAUGGGGACAGGAACAAUUGCUGGUGUGGCAGCUGGACCUUUAGGGAAAAUGUCUUUUACAGAAGCCAAAAAACAGAAGGUUAUGUCCUCCGAAAGCGCUGACAUGCUACUGGAAGCUCAGGCAGCCACUGGCAACAUCAUUGACCCCAAGACUAAUCAUAAAAUGACUGUAAAGGAAGCCUGUGCCAGAGGAGUCGUGGAUAAGGAGGACGAAUCAAAGUUGUAUGCUGCUGAAGCUGCUGUUAUUGGUUACAGAGACCCAAAUACUGGUAAGCUCUUGUCAGCAGGCCAGGCUAUGAAGAAGGGAUUAAUUGACAAGGACACAGCUCUACGUAUACUUCAGGCACAAGAGUCUGUAGGGGGUAUUUUAGACCCUGCCCUCAGUAUAUUUCUACCCAAAGAUAUUGCUAUGGAUAGGGAUCUCAUCGAUGAGGACCUAUAUCAGAGCCUGACUCAGUAUCCUGAGUGUUAUCUGGACCCAGACACCCAACAAGCAACCACCUAUGUAUAUCUGAAGAAAAAAUGCAAAGUAGAUCCAAAAACAGGUCUUUUGCUUCUCCCUGAACCUAAAAAGCCAUUAACUGUCCAGGGGCUCAGGGGCCAGGUGUCGGUCAUAGAUCUAGUGGAUGCAAACCUUUUAAACCGGUCGGAUAUGGACCAACUUAGGGAGGGCAGAUUGACGAGCAACGACAUUGAAGACCGUCUGUGCUCCUACCUGAGAGGCUCCACCUGCAUAGCAGGGGUUUAUGAUGAGGCCAGUGAUAAGGUGAUGACAAUCUAUCAGGCCAUGAAAGAUGGACUGUUGCAACCUGGGACCACUCUGGAACUGCUGGAGGCCCAGGCUGCUUCAGGUUUUAUAGUUGAUCCUGUCAACAACCAUUACCUGACUGUUAGUGAUGCCUACAGUAAAAGGCUGUUUGGGCAAGAGUUUAAAGACAACCUGCUAUCAGCAGAGAAGGCUGUGACUGGCUACAAACUGCCUGGUACAGACAAGGUUAUCUCCCUCUUUCAGGCCAUAGAGAGAGGUCUGGUGGAGAAAGGUCAUGGCAUCCGUCUACUAGAGGCCCAGAUUGCCAGCGGUGGUAUAAUUGAUCCCGAACACAGCCAUCGUAUUGACGUGAAUGUAGCCUACAAGAGAGGUUACUUUGAUAAGGAAAUGAACAUGAUCCUGACAGAUCAGAAUGUUGAUACUCAGUGCUUCUUUGAUCCCAACACAGAGGAAAAACUAACUUAUCUUGAGCUUAAGAAACGAUGUAUCACAGAUAAGAAGACUGGCCUCAUACUUUUGCCUAUCACGAAAGAUCUAGAGUCGACUCUGAAGAACACUCGGAGAAAGAGGAGAGUGAUAAUUGUAGACCCAGUGACUAAUAAAGAGAUGACAGUACGUGAAGCGUAUGACAAGGGGUAUAUUGACUACGAAACCUUCCUGGAGCUGUCUGAACAGGAGUGUGAAUGGGAAGAGAUCACUAUCACUAAUCCAGAUGGUUCCACAGAAUUUCUUAUCAAUGACAGGAAGACUGGAAAACAGUAUGAUAUUACCGAGCUGCUUGAAAAGCGAGUAAUUGAUCAAUCAGAUCUAGAUAAUUACCGAUCGCAUCGGAUCACCCUUACUCAACUUGCAGAUAUCAUCGGCAACAAGUACAAGUCAACUUCAACAUCAUCAACAGCCGCAGGUACAACUUCGGUGACAUCAUCAUCAACAACUUCAAGAACAUCAGCAUCCCCUGGUACAUCUUCAGUGAAGUCAUCAUCAACGACUUCAAGAACAUCAGCAUCCCCUGGUACAUCUUCAGUGACGUCAUCAUCCACUUUAAGAACUUCAGCAGCCUCAGUUCCAUCAUCAGUGACAUCAUCAUCAUCCUCAGUCCCGCCGAGACCCUUAUCACCUACUAUUGCCAAGAUGACAACAACAAGAACGACAACUGUCACAGGGCGAAGCUCCUCAUCAAGCAGUGUAGCUCAAGACUCACCUGACUCCCUUAGGGGUAUAUCCAGUGCAUCUAUCACUCUGGCCUCUCCUGUUGAAACUGUAGGUGACCAGGAACCUGUCGGUGCCAUAUUUGACACAGACUCUAUUGAGAAAAUAUCCAUCACUGAAGCUCUGAAUCGUGGUCUGGUGGACUCCAUCACUGCUCAAAGACUGCUGGAGGCUCAGGCUUGCACAGGGGGAAUUGUUGAUCCCACAAAUGGCCAGAGACAUAGCACCCAAGAGGCCACCGACCUUGGCAUAAUAACUGUCGACAUGGCCUCGAAGCUUAUCCCUGCCCAGAAAGCCUUCUUUGGCUUUGAAAAUGUCAGAACCAGGAAGAAGAUGUCUGCUGCUCAAGCCAUUAAGGAGAUGUGGCUGCCAUAUGAGGCUGGGCAUAGGUUCCUGGAGUACCAGGUUGUAACAGGGGGCAUUUAUGACCCAGAAAUGGGCUGUAGAAUAAGCAUAGAAGAUGCUGUGAACAGGGGCUGGUUGAAUGUGAGAGCAGGCCAGAAUCUCCAAGACAUCAUGCACCACACAAAGAACCUAACUUGCCCCAAGACCAAACUUAAAAUCUCCUACAAGGAGGCUUUUGAUAAUUGUCUGGUGGAGGAAAGCAAUGGGUUGAAAAUGCUGCAGGCAUCAUCUAUGUCUUCCAACGGGAUCAGCAGUCCCUACAAUGUCUCCUCUGCCCCGGGAUCCACCACCGGCUCCAGGAGUGGCUCAAGGCGGAGCUCCCGCAGGGGCAGUGUGGACUUAAGCUUCCCCGCCUCUUCGUCAACUUCUCACUACAGUCGCACCAGCUCUACCACCUUCUCCACAAAGUAAAUCAAGAAAGAUCCUGCACAUUCAUACUCUUUUCUUACACAAAAAUUGGAAUCUGUUAAUCGUACAGUGAUUGUUGAGAAAAGAACUUAGGUGUUGAAAAUGAGGAGGAAAAUUAUAAGAUAAUGUACUUCGAACAUAAUGCUCUUAGGGCUUUUUUUUAGAUUGUAGCUUUGGUGAUGCUGUGCUUUUAGUUCAAAUGAUUGUGACAAUAAACAUCACCAAGAUCUUUUUUCGAAACUGGACUAUGAUAUUAAUGGCAGCCAUGUUAUGGUAUUAUUGAAAAUUAAGUGGAUAUUAAUAUAAUUGUUGGUUCCCUUUAGUUGGCUUAGAUAUCUUAUAGAUUUCAUAGACAUAUUACAAAUAUAUUUUUCCAAAUCAUUCUUAUAUGCUAUUUCUUUUUAAGCUUUGCAUUGGUAACAGAAUGGUUUUAUGUUUACAUUUAUUUGUCAUCUGAAAUGCCUGUUUUGUGAGGGAAGGGAUGCAGGGUUUGGUUCCAUAGAUUGGCUUAAGGACACUUUUUUUAAUAUGCUGUUAAUGUUGUUAACCAUUGUUGUUUUUUUGCUCUUUCACACUUCCGGUUUUGUAACAGUUCAAUAAUCAAUAUCUCAAAAUAAAAAAGAUUCAGUCUUUUUCUCAUA